ACACUGUUUUGAUUCAGAGCAUGGGUUUAGAUCAUUUUAGUUUUUUUAAUGUUAGCCUGGCAUGCCAUCUUCCAUUUUAAAAGCAUUUAAAAACAAAUCCAUGGCAAAACAGGGAACUUCCUACAACAAAAUUAAAGAUUUUAUGUGGUUUGAUUGUAGCCACCAGGUGUAAUGUUUUACCAUAUACCUUUGUUUUGUGAAUUUCAGUGACCAGAUUUAGAAAUUCCAAUCUUCUGACAUAACAGCUGUUGAAUCCUGCAUCUUCUGUCUCUUAUAUUUGUCUGUUGCCUUUUUAUUUCUUACUUUCCCCCCUAAUGUUCUAAUUAUGUUGUAAGACACAUCGAGCAUUUUAAAAGAAAGACAGGGCAUACAUUUACUAAAUAAAAUAUUCGGUCUCUCCUUAACUUUGGCACAGUAUGCAGCUUAUAACUAGCAAAGCCUGGUCACAGAAUCCAGUUCCAUAUCUGAAUUAACAGCUUUUCCAUCUAUUUUUGUAUGAUUUCAAAUAUUGGUUACUUUAGAUAGAGGACACCACCAUUUUAAAGUUGUGUGCAAAUGCUGUGCAUCUUAGUGGAACAUAGAAAGUGACGAGGCUGACCCUAAAACACUUCCCAAAAAUGGUGGUUCUUAAAAUGGACCCCCCCCCAAGGGUUGACUAGUCUCUCAAGUUAUCCUUGCUAGUUUGUCUUCUGGCCAGAACAGUUUUGUCCUCUAGCAUUUUCUCUUCUCUCAAAAUAAGCUGCUCGUAUUGGCAAUUGCACUUUUGGGAUGUUUUCACUGGCAAAAUCCUUUCAUCCUGUUACACAGCCAUUCUAUUUCCCUUUAUUGUUGGAAAAGGAUGUCCAGAUGCCAGAGCUUUCUCAGUGUUGGUGUCCAAUCUGGAACAUGUGACACUAAUAUGAGUGUAUUAAUUUGGUGCUGAUUAAAGAUGCACCUUUUUGGCCAAGCAUUUUGUGGGAGCUUAUUUACUGUUUCUUGCUCAUUGUAUAUUUGUGGUGUUGGCUGAGCCUGGUGGCAGGUGUGUGUGUGUGUGUUCGUUCGUGUUCAUAUAAAUGUGUGUCAGAUAUGGGAUGGAUUUAUAAAUGGCGAGAUAGGUAAAUAAUUACAAUUCAUUCUUGAGGUGGGGCUUCUGAAAAUUAAGCAAGCAUUGUCCCUUUUGUGGAAGUGAUCCCUCCUAGUUGCUACUGUCUAGUCCAGGCAUCCCCAAACUUCGGCCCUCCAGAUGUUUUGGACUACAAUUCCCAUCUUCCCCGACCACUGGUCCUGUUAGCUAGGGAUCAUGGGAGUUGUAGGCCAAAACAUCUGGAGGGCCGCAGUUUGGGGAUGCCUGGUCUAGUCCUCUCUAAGACACAAACCUUUUUUUUGUGUUCCUCUCCAUUUCAAAUUUGAUUCAAUUUUCUGACAGGAAUUUUAGCAUCAUGACAAGAUUCUCAAACAUUUACUUGGCAAAGUUCAAGUGCAGUGCAGGAUUACCAAAUAGGCAGAGUAGGGGCCCCGUGACAAUGGCUCAAAAUAAUAUUGAUUUGAUCUUGAAAGAAAAUUACAAUCAACUUCCGGUUUUCGUCGCCAUUGGUAAAAGUCGUCCCAAAGGGGUCUCCGAGUUUGAAGACCCCUGCCUGGAGGAGAUAGGGGGGGCGGAAGCUGAAAACCCCCCCUGAAGAAACCCCAGCCUGGGCUGGCUGAGGACGUGGGUCCGGCAGAGCCAGGAAGAGUCUCCCUGCUUCCCGCUAGCCCCUGGAGGCAGCGAGAGAGAGCGGGUUGUAGGCAGGCUCUCGGAACGACGCUACUCCAUCCAGGUGCAGCCUGGAGACGGCACCAAAUGAGCGGCAAAUCCUUCCGAAAUUGGUGUGGAAUUACAAUUGGACUCUGUAAGUAAGAUUAUUAAAAAAAUUGAAAAGAAUUGGAAAAGCAGAGAGGGGUUAAAAGGACUCGGAAGUCUCCCCCCCCCCCAGUGCUGCGUUGAAAUCGAAAGUAAAGACAAGCAGCUGCAAUCGGACAUUGAUUUUUAAAAAUUAAUAUCUCCUAAACUACAACCCGAAACUCUCCCAAAUUUAGAGGAAAGGGAGAGUGGACUGUCACCUUGAAACUCCUAAAAUUUGGAAAAAGUGGACUUGAGAAUACCGCGGCAAUUUGCUCCGAAAGGGAGCCCCCCCCCCCCGGCAACCAGACAGGCUGACGUCACAAUGCACUGAACUUUUCAACCCUCGCUUUGCAUAAGAAAGCCCUUGAUCUAUUCUGGCAGCUGACAGAGCCCUGUCAGAGUAGGGGAAAAGCAGUUUUCUGCCUGUGUGUUGAAAGGGGGAAGGAAAUCUUUGGAUUUUAAAGUCUUUGGCGGCAUUAUAAGACUAAAACAGAAGGGAAUUCCCAAGCUGUUUGAGGCAUCGCUAUCUAUAGGCAGCUAGCUGUAUAUUCAUCUGUAAAAUACUUGCUGGGAACUCUACAGGGAUUAUCUUUGCUUGUUGGACUGUUUUGCUUUACACUGACCUUGACGCUGCAGCUGCAACUUGCAGAAUAAAAAGGGAGUCUGUUGACUAAGAACUCUGCUUUAAUGAUGUCGGGCAGCCAAAAAUCGCCUAAGGAAAGAUCUAAAGCCCAAGAAAAACUGGAAAAAGCGAGACAGGCUGCUUCGGCCCAACCGAGGAGAGCAUCCAAUCCAAUACUACAACCUGGAGAAGUGCAGGGAGUGCAACAAGGACUACAAGGAACACAAUUUGACCAACUCAUAACAGCUCUGACAGAAAUAAAAACCCAAUUGGAUGUGAAUUCAGCAGGUGUCAAAGCACUUGAUGACUCUGUAAAAGCAGUGAUCAAUAGACUGGAUGGAAUUGAUGCUUCAGUGAAAGCCAAUACGGAAGCAAUUAGUAAAGUGCAAAAAGACUCGCAAUUGGCGACAAAAGAAGUAAAGGAAUGCAAGGAGCAAGUUAAAGCAGCGGCGGACAGAAUUACAGAACUUGAACAACAAAGAAUUUACCUUCAACGACAGGAACAGGCCACGCAGAUAUCUGUGGCCUUUUUACAGAUGCAAGCGCGUGAAAAUCACUUGAUUUUACGAAAAUAUCCGGAGGUUGACAAAGGAGAACUGAGUUUGAAAGACCAGGUGAUAGAGGACUUCACAAACCAGUGGAAGCUGGACAGAGAGGAACUGCAGAAAACGAUUCAAAAAGUUUACAGAUUGCGACCAAGAGGCCAGAAGGGAGCUAAAAUAUUAGGAGACUGCGUGGUAGAAUUCCAGACAAGAGCCCAACGAGACGAAAUCCUCAGCUGGCAUUUUAAAGAGAAAUUGAAGAUAAAAGGAGAGCAAGUCAUUCUGUUUAAAUUUAUUCCAAAAUUGUUUCUCACAUUUAGAAACCAGUACCAAGAUCUGGCAAGUGCCCUGAAUAAGAAAAUUACAAUCAAUCUUCCCUAGUUCACUGUCAUCCCGCUAGAGCAUGCACACAACGGGGCCCCCAAGAUUUCAACUACCUAUCUGGCACCCUUCAAGUCAGUACAAUUUUCCUUUGAAGCAACACAGAAGCAACAUGGUUGCUUAGGCUUGAGAGAGGCUUUACCUCCAGCUGUUUGAGGAGUUUGACCUCUAGCACAUCCCACCUUAGGGGGCACACUUGCAUCGCUUCUCAGUCCUUUUUGUGGCUUCCCCCACCCCUGCAGCUUGGCUGCUAUGGUGUGGCCUUCACUUAUGCAUGUGGGAUAAGUGCUCAGAAAAAAGGAAAGUGGCUCCCACUGUCCUGAAGAACAGAAAUUGACGCCAAGAUGGCAAGGAGUGGUUUUAGCUGUUCUAGAUGACCUUAGCUUUUUCAUCAUGUUAGUCACUAGUGGCACCAAGAUCUCUUUGCUGAUUGGGUCACUGCCAGUUCAGACCCCGUAAAUAUAUGUGAAUUAUGUGUCGCCGUCCCCCAUUGUGGAUCACUUUAUUGCCUAUUCAUCCACUUUAGAUUGAUACUUUUGAAGCUGCAUCCAUACUGUGGCUUGUUUGUGCUCCAAAUUGCACCUGUUUUAGGAGGAAGAGUUGGUCACAAUUAAGCCAAGGUCUCAAACCGUGGCUUAGUGUGGCAUGUGGACUAGCUCAGUUUACUGGAUCCCCCCUAUCCAUAUGAUAACGGACACAUUUUCAAAGAACUCAAAAACCUAAGCUAGACAGCACUUGCCUUAUGAAAGCUAUGCUGGUGGUUCUGCUCUUCUGCAUACUUGGUAAUUCUAUGUGCAUACUUCAACCCCACUGUGCAUUAAGGAAUAUUGGACUGUCCAUGAAUGGUGCUUAAAGGUGGGCUUGUCCUUUGGUUGUCCCCUUGGGAGUAGUUUGAGUCCUGGGGAUGAGUUUAUGUCUGUCCUGUCCUGACUCUUUUAUUGGGGAAGGGUUGUAGCUCGUUGGUAAAACACAUCCUUUUGAUGCAGAAGGCCUCAAGUUCAAUUCCUGGCAACUCUGCACAAGGCUGGCAAAGCCCUUCUUCAAAACCCUGGAGCGAGGUUGCCGAUCAUUGCCGAGUAGAUGCAGCAGUGGUCUGACUCGGUAUAAGGCAGUUUUAUACAUUCUCCUUUCUCUGUUUUAGCAGUUAUUGGCUUCUAUGCUCUAGUUCUACACUGUUUCUUUUAAAAUUCAAACAUAUGACUGUCAGAUUCACCAUGUCUCAAAUUGAGCUUCCUCCAUAUGAAAGGGACAAAGUUUGCUUAAUUUCCAUAGGCCCAUACUGAAGGGUAAGUUGUAGGAGCCGAUGCCAGUCUGGAUCCCCUUCAUCCAACAAUGAUAAGGAACAUUCAUGGCCAGUUGAAUGUUCUUAUAUUCAUGUUUGCUUUAAUCCUGUAUGCCAUCUUGUUUUGCCAUAAAUACAUCUGAAUCUAUCACUGAAUGUACACUUGUGCAAAUUAAUGAUUUGCUUAGCAAGCUAUUUAUUUAUAUUCUGUCAGCAUCCCACUUUGCUGCUGUUCUGUGUUUUGCUCUUUUAUUUAUUUAAGGGCUGCUUCAUGAUAGUAUUUUGUAUUAAAGUACAAAUACUUGAAGAUACAUGGGUAUAUAUUAAGUUAUAAAGAGUGCACACAUGUGAGAAUUAUGCUUCUCUCCCCCCCCCCCCAAAAAAGUGAGGGGGGACUGGGAAAGGAUUUGAUAUCCGCUUAUAUAUUUUAUCCUUUUUCUUCAAAAGUUGUACUCUAUUCUUUCCUUUGGGAAGCUCAGAACAAUUUAUUCCAUGCUGCUUAUGUAUCUGCUCACAAACAGUUUCUAAUCUAGACUGAGGCCUAGUACAAACAAGUGGGUAGGGGAAGAAAUAAUGAGUCCAGAUUGGACCACUUCAGACUGCAAGUUUGAGCUCACACUUUAGAAGACUCAUGUAAUGAACCAUGACUUUUUUGGCUGCUGCAUAAAUAGGGCUUAAUCCAAGGGCUAUUUUUUCUAAGAGUUUCUUAAUGGUCUUUUUUUACAUUCCUUUUCUGUUCUUUCCCCCCCUCCCCCUCACUUUUGGCUUCAGAGUGUUGAAAUCCUAUCGGUAUGUAAAGGAUAAUGAAUGUUUUUGUUUUUGUUUUCAUUUUGGGCACCAUGUACAUUCUUUAUUCCUCUUUUUACUACUCUGUAAUCUUACAUCCUGCAUUUUUUCCAGUCCAGUUCCCUUUUAAGUGAACAUAAACUGACGCCAGUGAUGAAUGUGAACAGAAUCCACAACCUUGUGCUUGUUUUCCAUGUUUCAAUCAUAUUUCUAAAAAUCUACUUGCAUGUGACCUCUGGACCCUUUCUACCUAAGCCUCCCACUAAUGCAUGAUGAUAUCAAAUGUUGAAGGCACAAAUAAAACUGUAACCUGUUU